AUGUCCUCGGCCGCCGCAAACAGACCUACGGGCGCCAUGAAUGUGCAACGGUCAACUCGAUUUGGGGAUUUCCCUACCGCACCAGGCAGACACAAUAGCGGCGACAGAACGUCGCAAAGCUCAACGCUCGGCCAAACUUUUGGAAACGGCGGUACUUGGCAGCCUUCGAGUGGUAUUUGGGGUAGUAACACAAUCGGGAGUGGUUUUGCCAAUACGAAGCGAGAUGCUUCGCGCUCUCGAGGUAUUUAUACAAGCGAGAUUCAAAUUUAUACAUUCACUGAUGAUGGUCCAGUAGCAGAUCAUGACGGCUUUCCAGAUGCUCCCAGUGGUUCUGGUGCCUUGGCCGCAUCUUCAGAAGCUGAUCCUUGGGUUACUCGUGCAAAUGGACCUUGGAACCCUCCAGAUACAACAUCUCCAACAUUACAAUCCUCGCACAGCGGAAGUACCUCUCCUUCUCACGUCCGCAACAGCAUCCCGUCACAAACACCACAAAGUCUCCUCGAAUUACAAGCAUACCAACAAUCAAGACCUGCUAUAGGUCAAGGAACUAGUUUUGGUCGACCACAGCCCAAGAGUAGCUUGGACCCCUCUUCUGGAAGCUUCAAAUUUUCACGAAAACCUUCCUUUGGGUUUAACGACGACAAGGAGAAUUCCUCCCAAUUUUCGUCCAACCAAGACAGUGCAUAUGAUAUUGACGUAUCAUCCAGGGCAUUCAGGAUGGAUCAAUUAAGCUCUCAAAAUGCAGGCUUCCUUGGCAUAGGCUCCGCUUCAAGGGAUGGAAGCAUGCCUCCCCCCAGAACAUCGGAGGCUGGCCUCAGCAACCUAGCAUUCGGCAAUGGGAAUCCAGCCUUUGGCUCUAUUGGUGGUCACACCCCUAACAAUUCCAUCCACUCACAUCGUCCUUCUUUCUCUGCAAUUUCUGGCUCGUUUGCACAAACCAAUUCAUCCAGAUAUGCUGAUCUUACCACGCAAACCGAAGUCGAAUUAAGGGAGAAGUUUGCAGGAUUUGGCUUGACCAACGAUAUGGACCAAGUGAACGCAUCUCAGAUCAGUAACACUUUGAGUUCCUCAUAUUCUCCAACUCAUCAGAACUUCAACGAACAGGCCUUCCAGGUCAACGGUGGAUCAGCCAUGUGGAAUGAUGGAUCUAACGGUCCUAAGCUUCUCAAUAAUUACGAUCAUUUCUCUAAUCAAGGUUAUCUCACGAAAGGCCCACGAUUUGAUAGGGGUUCAGUCUCGCCUGCAGCAAGCGACUACCGUCGUGGCCUUAAUAGCCCCAAGUACUUUUCCGGUACCCCUCCAACAGGACCUGAGCAAAUCUAUCGACCAAGCUCAAGAGCGGGCCCAAGAAUACCUCAAGGUCCGAGUGAAUUGGACCGCAGGCUUCAACAUGUUCAGUAUUCUCAAAAUCAGGUCUAUCUUUAUAACAAUGGCCAUUUCCAGGGGCAAUAUCCACCGCAUCUAUACGACUUUCCACCACAAAGCUUUCGACAAACAAACGUACCACCAUAUGGCUAUCCGAUGCCACUACCUCCUUAUCCGGCACAAAAUAUACCCACUCGCCCAGCCAAGGAUCAAGAUGUUGGGCUCGGAGUUAGAAGUGUACUUUUGGAAGAGUUCCGUUCAAAUGCCAAAUCUAACAAGAGAUACGAUUUGAAGGACAUAUAUCAACAUGUCGUUGAAUUUAGCGGGGACCAACAUGGGUCACGGUUCAUUCAGCAAAAGUUGGAGACAGCCAAUAGUGACGAGAAAGAACAACUUUUCCGAGAGAUUCAACCCAAUGCAUUGCAGUUAAUGACGGAUGUUUUUGGAAACUAUGUCAUUCAGAAGUUGUUUGAGCACGGAAAUCAAGUGCAAAAACGUGUGCUGGCCGAGCAAAUGAAGAACCAUGUGAUGGAACUUUCAAUGCAGAUGUAUGGUUGCAGAGUUGUGCAAAAGGCUCUCGAGCAUGUUCUCGCCGAUCAGCAAGCCGAACUCGUCAAGGAGCUUGAGGCAGAUGUCCUCAAGUGCGUCAAAGAUCAGAACGGCAAUCACGUUGUGCAAAAGGCUAUUGAGCGUGUUCCGACAGAACAUAUUCAAUUUGUCAUCGAAGCAUUCCGAAACCAGGUCCACGUUCUAGCAACUCAUCCUUAUGGAUGCCGAGUGAUUCAGCGUAUUUUGGAAUACUGUCAACCUCGCGAUCAAGAACGGGUCCUCGAGGAGUUGCAUCAGUGCGCGUCGAACUUGAUCACCGAUCAAUAUGGCAACUAUGUUACUCAACAUGUUAUACAACAUGGAAAACCAGAGGAUCGCGCCAAGAUCAUCAAGAUCGUCACGGCACAGCUUCUGACGCUAUCCAAGCACAAGUUUGCCUCAAAUGUUGUGGAGAAGAGUAUCCAAUUCGGCACGAAUGAGCAGAGACAUACUAUCGUUUUUUUGUUAACAGCUCUCCACAGCGAUGGUACAAGUCCUUUGCAACUGAUGAUGAAGGAUCAAUAUGGCAACUAUGUCAUUCAAAAACUUCUCGGGCAACUGAAAGGCGCCGAAAGAGCAGCAUUUGUCGAGGAUUUGAAGCCACAACUCUUGGCCCUCAAGAAAUACAACUAUGGCAAACAGAUUGCUGCUAUUGAGAAGUUGAUCUACGGUCAAGAUGACUCGCAGCAGUCUUUUGUGACACCACCAACUGGUCCGACUCCUGGAACUCACACACAACCGAUGGAGAUAAAUUCGAGUGCUCCAACUCCGCUACUUACGAACGGACAAAAUAGUCCCCAAAGCAGCAGUCUCCCUAGCGCAAACGUUAGUACAAUUGACGAUCCUACAGAUAGUGCAUCUUCAGGCAAGACGGUCGUUGCUGUCAAUGAGAAGUCUUGCCCCGAAGUCAUUAUCAGUGGCGUCUAA